CGCGAGCAGCGUGGAGCCUCAUCCCGAGCUUGCAAGCUGUAGCAAGUGGCUACUGCCCGUUCACGCGGCCACGGGAUAGAUCUAGGGUUGCUCGCCACCAGUCCAUCAGCAGCGACCAUGACGAGCGUCGCUCCAUCCACACCUCCUACUUCGCCUCCAUCGAGGCUUGGCGCCUCCGGCAGCACCGCCAGCCUACUCGCUCGCUUCAAGGCUCCAGCGCCUUCACGCACGCCAUCGCAGGCUGAGUCUGCACCAUCACCUCCUUCGAGCUUGAGUGACACGAAGCACAGUGCCAGUGAUACUCCCAGGCAAGGACUCUCGGAGGCUGCGCACGAGCGACCCUCACCUGGUUCACCCAACGCUAGAAGGGCUCGCGAGGCGUCGCUCGAUUCGUCGCCCACCCGUCAGGCUGGCAAGUCGAAGGGGCGGAAAAGCGUCUGGCCAAGGAAGCACUAUGAUCCACCGCCGCCAGUGCCAGAUUUGCCUCCCUUCCUCAACAUCGCCUUGCCUUUCGAGUCUUCGGUUGAUACAGGAUUCGUGCGCCCUAUAGAAGCCUCGCAGUCUCUUGACAAGCCGACUCACAUCAAGAAGACUCUUCCUACCCGACGACGAGCGUCUUCGAGCGGCUACACGAAGCCGAGCGCGCCAGUCACCGUUGCCCAAAAGGUGUCACAGCAGUAUGCUGCCAAACAGCAGCAGAUGAAAGACUCAGGCCUCUAUCGAGCUCGCGCUCUGGCUGCUGCACGGCUAACACCAUCCCAGGUAGUAGAAAUCGUCAGGCUCACCGGCGCUGAGAUCAGACAGCGCGGGAUUGCCAAUGUAGGCAUCCUGAGACCUUUCCGUGUGGGCUCUCACCCCACAAAUGUAGACCGUCUUGCCGAGCUGUUCCUACUGUCCUCAGAGUCGCAGAGGUAUGACGGCUUGUUCUCGGUCAGUCCUCCCUCUGGACAGGAUGGCGCUCAAACUGACGCAAAGGGAAUGACAGGCGAGCUGGCUCUUGCGACUCUAGGUCGUCCGUCGGCAAACAGUGGAUUGGUGCGACAGCUGGCCUUUGCAAACAUUCACGACGUCGGCGACUUUCUUAAAUGGUCAGUCCGUCGUCUUAAGCUCGACAAGAGCGACUUCGGUUCUGAGACGGACAUGGGCUGGUAUAAGGACUUUGUCAAGGCAGAAAAGGAUGGUGGGUAUACACUCACAAGCUUCAGCGACGAUCUGCUGCCACGUCUCCCAGUGUCUACCAGAGAGCUUCUCACAAGUAUCCUCGACUUGCUGACCACGAUCAGUGCGCACUUUGUCGCGAACGCCAUGCCAGCUUCACGAGUCUGUAAGACCUGGGGUUUUUGGCUCUUUGGUAGGAUCGGCCAAGACAAGUCUUAUCCAGACUUUCUGACUUUCCUGGGCGACUGGAAGCGCAGCACCAGCAUAAUGGAGCAUCUUAUGAUGGCCUUCAUUAGAGAUCAAUCAGUCAAAGCUCACUCCGUACCGACGAGGCUGGCCGAGUUGAUCGAGUCCUACCCAGGCUCCCUCAGUGAAACUUCUGGUGCUCCGGGCCUUCCAAAUGGAAUUAAUAGCGGAGACAAUGGAGCCGGUAAGAGUAAGGCUCUCAAGCUUCACAUGGAGAGUGAACGACUACUGCAGAGUUUACUGAACUAUAGAGGACCUCCGGAGAUCUUGCACUGUGCUCUGAAUGCUCAUGUUUCGGACUGCGGAGCAUCGGCUGAGGCAGAUGAUUGGAGCUCUUUACUGAGGUUGGCCCAUACUGCAGCAAGACAGACGAAGGUAUCCAUGAGUGAAGGAGCGACUGCUGUUGGGUCAGAUGGACAAACAAUGCAGGACAUCUCUGGCGAAGACGUCUCUCCAAGGGCGAGCAAGGCCUCGAAGCUGACUGCCCUGCUCACUGAAGAGCAGUCAAGGAUUCUUGAAAUCUACGCCGAGGAGUUUGCCAACAGGAGGAAGUUGAUGGGCAUCGGCGGGCAGGUUGAGGACGAAUUGGAGGAUGGCAGCGACAGCGGAGAGCGCGAGGGAGUACCUCGCAGCUCGUUUGCCGCGCCCUUCCCGUCUAUGGCUUCAACGCAUACCAUUGGCCCUACUGGCAUGACAAGCUCGCAAAGCUUCCCCCUCACAUCCUUCCCGCCGAGAAAGGCGCGACUAUCCAUCCUCGCCGAGUCCGUCUCGUCGGGAAAGAGCAGUGGUGCUAAGGCGCUGCCAUUCAGUAGCCUCGAGCUUACCGGACAUAGACGUCAGCCGUCUGCUACAGUCUCUCCACCUCCCACCGUUACGGAAGGAGAUGGCCUAGUGGACUGGACCGCCUUCCGUCAGGAGGGCUUUGCGUCCGAGUCUCCUGCCGAUCUUUCCCUUGGCGAUGCCGAAAUUCAUCGCACUUUGACUUCUGCCGAUCUUCGUGCGGCAGCUACUGGUCCGGACGAUUCGCCAGCGCCUCAUCAGGAUUCUUCAACCAUGAGCAAGCUUCGAAGACAUACCAGCCUGAGCAACAUUCGCCGACGAGCUCAAAGGCAGGAUUCGAACGAUUUCACAGAUAUGUCAUCGCACCUCGAUGCUUCUACCAAGCCCGAGCCAAGCUACUCGAUCACUUCAGCCAGCACUGUUGAGCUCGAUGAAGGCCUAGUCAGCCUUUGGCAAGAUGCAGUUCUAGACCCAGUCGCCUCCGCAAACUUGCCUUCGCUCGUCUUCGUCGCAUUGAACAGGACGGCUGCAAGCAGUCUCAUGUCUCCUGCUGGGCAAGGAUCAGGCGCUGCAGGGUUGACAGCGAAUGGUGGUUCCACCUGGCUGAUGAUCGAAGAGACCGUCGUACCACAUCGACCGCAGAUGCCAAAGAGAGCCACCACUGGUCCGCGACCUGCACGCUUCAGAAGCGCGAGCAGCGGUUAUCGAGACAACGAUGCCGCCUCUUUGGACGGAAAGAGGUCCAUCUUUGCCCCCUCGAUGAGAUCCAUCGGUGCGAGCAUCUUGAGGAAGAGGCCUAGCCUCAAGAAGAUCUCUAGCUUUGCCACCCUCAGGAGGCGCAGGAGCGGCGUCGUUGCGCAAGCCAAUGCUGAUGCUGCCCCGAUCAAGGACGCGGACCCGAGCAAGAAGGAGACUGCGCCUGCCUCUUCUGAUGCGCCUUCGUGGUCAGAUGCCAGCGGCGAGGCAAGCGCUACGAGCAGCGAAGGCUACGUCCUUGUCCCCGCGGCGCCGACCUCUCCCGAUGGAGUCGCUUCUGCCACAAAAGCUCCCAGGGAAGGAGCUGCCGAGAGCGCACCGACUCUGUCUGUGGAUACUGGCGCGGAGUCAGCUGACCUCUCGAUGACAAUGGAGAGCGCGCUACUCCUCGCCUCUGCGCCUGACCCUCCUGCUGAGCCUGCGUCUAUCCCAAGGCCGGUACCUGUGAGGAGCAGCAGCAUCAAGAGGAGCAAAGGGAGCAGUAGUGGUGGUGGUAGCGGGUAGCCAGUGCGAGUCGUUGCCUCGAAUUUGCCUUCACUAGGGCCUCUCGUGAGCCCGUCCGUACAGAUUCUUCUUCCUCUGGUACAAGUCGGCCUGUCCGCCUCCCCCACCUCUGAAACUUCCCCCUCCUUACCUUGGUCACACAACGUCACGAAUGAUAUACCCCGAACCUGUACACAUUCUUUCCUCGACCCACUGGGACAGACUCUCGCCUCCAACC